AUGUCAUAUAUGCCUCUUCAACAUGAUCCACAACAGCAGACAGCAGCCACUGUUCUGUGUUGUAACUGUGGUGUUCCUAUGGAUGGUUCUACUGGUUUAGUUAUGUGUUAUGAUUGUAUCAAGUUAACAGUUGAUAUCACUGAAGGUAUUCCUCGUGAAUCUAAUGUUUCCUUCUGUAGAAACUGUGAAAGAUUCUUACAACCACCAGGACAAUGGAUUAGAGCUGAAUUAGAAUCAAGAGAGUUGUUAGCAUUAUGUCUUAGAAGAUUGAAAGGUUUAAAUAAAAUUAGAUUGAUUGAUGCUUCUUUUAUAUGGACAGAACCUCAUUCCCGUCGUAUCAAAGUGAAAUUAACAGUUCAAGGUGAAGCUAUGUCCAAUACCAUUGUUCAACAAAGUUUCGAAGUUGAAUAUGUCGUUAUUGCAAUGCAAUGUGCAGACUGUGCUAAAUCAUACACCACUCAUACUUGGAGAGCUGCUGUUCAAAUUAGACAAAAAGUUGCUCAUAAGAGAACUUUUUUGUAUUUAGAACAAUUGAUUUUGAAGCAUAAUGCUCAUGUUGAUACCAUUUCCAUUCAAGAAUCUAAAGAUGGUUUAGAUUUCUUUUAUUCCUCAAGAAGUCAUGCUCUAAAGAUGAUUGAUUUCUUGGGAUCAGUUGCUCCAAUCAAAUAUAAAAGAUCAGAAGAAUUAAUUUCACAAGAUAUCCAUGCAGGUACAAGUACCUAUAAAUUCUCCUUUUCUGUUGAAAUUGUCCCAAUAUGUAGGGAUGAUUUAGUUAUUUUACCUAAAAAACUUGCUCAUCAAUUGGGUGGUAUUUCACAAAUUGUCAUUUGUUCAAAAGUUUCAAAUACUAUUCAAUUUUUAGAUGUCAACACUUUACAAAUUGCUGAUGUUUCACCAACAGUUUAUUAUAAAAAACCAUUCCCAUCUUUAGCUGAAGCUUCUCAAUUAGUUGAAUUUAUUGUUUUAGAUGUUGAACCAACUGGUCAAAGUAAAGGUAAACACGUUUUGGCAGAUGUUACAUGUGCUAGAGCUGCAGACAUGGGUGUUAAUGAUCGUGAAUUUUAUGUCAGAUCUCAUCUUGGUGGUAUUUUACAUCCAGGUGAUUCAGUUAUGGGUUACUACACCACAAACUCCAAUUAUAAUCAUGAAUUAUGGGAUACUUUAGAUCCAUCAAACGUUCCAGAUGUCAUCUUAGUUAAGAAAUUCUACCAAAGAAAAACUCGUAAGAACAGAAACUGGAAAUUGAAGAGAAUGGCUAAAGAACAUGCUGAUAUUGUUGCAAAUGAAGAUUCAAGAGCUGCUAGACAAGAAGCUGAAAGAGCUGAAAAAGACUAUGAAUUGUUCUUGCAAGAAUUGGAAGAAGAUCAAGAAAUGAGACAUGCCAUCAACUUGUAUAAGGAUAACAAUCCUCCUAUUCAUAAAUCUACUGGUGAGGAUGAGAUGGAAGAAGAUGAAGAAGAAGGUGCACCAGGUGUUGACAUUGAUGAACUUUUGGACGAAUUGGACGAUAUGACUUUGGACGAUCAAUAG